CCGCCCCUCACUUCCUGCCUCGCUCAGCCGCCUUGGGUGGAACAGGAAGGGCUUUGCCGUUUGCAAGAUUUGCUGCCUUUACUCCCUGGAAAGGCUUCUCUCCUCUUCCUCCUGGAUCACUGCCCCAAAUAUGCCGGCCUAUCAUUCUGCUCUUAUGGAUACUGACACCAAACUGAUUGGGAACAUGGCCCUGCUGCCCAUUAAGAGUCAGUUCAAAGGACCAGCGCCCAGGGAAACAAAAGAUACAGACAUCAUCGACGAAGCCAUCUACUACUUCAAAGCAAACGUCUUCUUUAAAAAUUAUGAAAUCAAGAAUGAAGCCGAUAGAACUUUGAUCUACGUAACUCUCUACAUUUCGGAAUGCUUGAAAAAGCUACAAAAGUGCAAUUCCAAAGGCCAAGGAGAGAAAGAAAUGUAUACAUUAGGAAUCACAAAUUUCCCGAUCCCUGGAGAGCCGGGAUUUCCACUGAAUGCUCUCUAUGCCAGACCCAGCAACAAGCAGGAGGAAGAGAUUAUGAGGGCCUACUUGCAGCAGCUGAGGCAAGAAACUGGCCUGAGGCUUUGUGAAAAGGUCUUUGAUCCCCAGAGUGACAAACCCAGCAAGUGGUGGAUCUGUUUUGUGAAAAGGCAGUUCAUGAACAAAAGCCUGUCUGGGCCAGGGCAGUGAAGAGGAGCGCACAGGUGUCUUGUCAAAGCACUUUGCUGCCAGAUGUAUAAAAUUUUGCCUCUGUUUUAAUAUAUGUUUUCUACCAAGAGAGAAUAAGUGCUUCUGUGGAAAGUGCUACCCACCGGUGGAUGAAAAGGUAGAGCUAAAAAUCACGUGCAAAUCUUGUUGAGCUGGAGCUCGAUGAUGAUCAUUAAUAAAAAGUGGUUUCUAGCA